GCGACUUCGUAUCAGGAUUGCCUGUAGUGAAUGCCGGAGGGGGAAGCGAAAGGUAUGUGGCUCUUGAUUGGAGUGUACAAAUCUUGUGACGGACUAAAACCACGAUGUACACUAUGCGCCAAAUCCGACCGUAUAUGUCAAUAUGCAUCUGAAGAAUCCAGAAAGCGCGUCUUUCAAGACGAUGAUCUCGUGUCUUCUCUACGAGAAGAAAUAGUAGCUUUGCGGAUUGCUCUAAGCAAAGCCAAUGCUUCCAACAUUGGAUAUGCUGCACAUGAUUUUGCGUUAGAUCAUUCGUCGGAAGCUGCAACUUUGACCCACACUAGCCAGCUCGUCCUGGACUCGGAAAAUCAAAAUGAGCCUCUAGGAGGUGAACAUGCUUUCGAGAGCAGGUCGUCCCAGGCCAUGAAUGAGCUCUCCUCCUUGAUGCUGCAACUCGAUGUCGCUGAUAUAGGAGAGCCGUCAUUUACCCUCUCGUCUCACAGAACACCACAGGAACUUGUGCCUGACACAUCCGGAUUGUCGCGUGAGGCCCGCCUUGACGGUGAGACUACAGUUUCCCAAGAUGACCGCAGGCAACUGCUGAAAUGCUUCUCGGAAACCUUCAAUCGUUUCCACCAAUUUCUCGACCUGAAGGAAGCGCUGAGCUGGUCUAAACUAGAUCUAGGCUCACAAGAGGUCGACCUCGAAUUUCGAAAUUAUGCCCUGUUAGCUGUUGCUGCUUCUUGUUCUGAUCUGCAACGAUUGAGAGAUAUGCAGGCGCACUUCUCAACGCAUGCCGAAAGCCUUGUCCUUCGUUGUAUCAAGGAACGAGCUAGUGAUCUUGUCGUUCAAGGUCUUGCCCUGUUAGCUUGGAUCGAGCUUAAGGUUGGGUCCGACAGUAUGGCUUACAACUGGAUUGCCAUGGCCACGGGACAGGUACUUCAUCUGGGACUGCAUGCAAGUGCGCUCAAGUCGACAAAGGUGAACGAUGGUCAAGAUCAGAUCAUCCAACAACGUCGCAUACGUUCCUUCUGGGCGUAUUUCUCUGUCGACCGGCUCGUCACAUCAAGUCUCGGUAUGAAUUGCACCAUGCACUGGCAGCGGGUCAAAUGUCCGUCAUUCACGUCUAUCCUUCCGGCCACCCCUUUCGUGGAUGAACAAGCUCAUGAGCGCUUCUGCGAAAUGUGGCAUCUCUGGGACUCCUGUAUGGACCAAGGAUACGCUUUCGGCUGGUAUAACUUGAGCCGACCCGAGAAAGAAAAGCUGGUCUCGCACUCACACCAGACUAUGACUAGAUUUCAUGCCGGUAACAACGUAUCAUUGCAGAUCUUCAAGGACAACAUGACCGAGACGGCGGUGUGGCUCGAGGUUGCUUACAACGCUGCGCUUAUUCUGAUUCAUCGACCGCUUCUCAGCGAAGCAAGCAGUAGCAAGGCAGGUAGAUUUUCCUUGACAGUAGCUACAACAGCAGCGUCAGCUAUCUCUCGCAUUGUGCGAGACUUCGGCGCGACUCAUGACGUCUCGAGGAUUGCUCCUCAGAUCAUUGACUACGUCUCAAUUGCUGCUAUCAUGCAUCUACUCAAUGCUACUUCUGGGAGGAACAGGCUAGGUCGACAGUCCGCGAAUGGCCUCCGCAUUUGUGUUCAGGCAUUGUCGGCAAUGGUUCCCAGAUGGGAGAAGCGGGCAUCGAGUUCAUUACGACACAUACAAAACCUGGCUCGGCGAUGGGAGGUCGUUUGGGCGUUGCCGUUGCAAUAUAGCCGAGCCAUGCCUCCUCAAUCUCGAGUCCAGGAAGACAGUAAUGGCCUGCAAGAUAUGCAAGGUUAUGGAGCUCUAAACUCUUACAAUGUCUUCAACGAUGCGGCGUUAGAUGUAGCAGCAGAAACGCUAUGGGGCUCGGAAGGCAUCGAGGAUCAGGACUGGAUAUUGCAUAGCGCAUCAAAUUUAGAUGGCCAAGCUAAUAUCUGGGAUCUCGACUGGCAGCUUCUCGGAGAAUAAUCAAAUUUGAUCCAAUCUGAUCAAUACGCUCAGCGCGGCGAACCAGUACAUCAUCUAUGAAUCUGUUAGCAAU